UAAAACACCCAACUGGUGUUAGUAUGGCGUAGAUCUCAAAUACAGUAGAUAUAAAGACUAAGGGAAACUACUCCAUCAUUUUUAAAUUAACUUAUAUCAUUCUAAAUCCAUCAUGCUUUUUACUUUCACUAUAAUUCAAUUCAUUUGGUUGACAUUUACAAUUUUCUGACUACGAUAAAAAAAAUUCAAGAGGCAGUAUAUUAAUACAGAGAUGACAGCAUGUUGUUGUUACUCCGAAAUAAAGAGUUCUGUCUACAAUCAGACUGGAGAAGGAUUUUUCAAGCAAUUAGCAGCUUACAAUCACAUGAGUGCACAUUUGAGACGAGUUCUGUUGGCGAAGAGUCGUGUUGAUUCAAGGAAUCCAAACUACUUACGGAGACGAAGAACUAUGUCCACAGGUAGAGCUAAAUUUACAGAGAAAACGGCCUCUCAAGAGCUUAUAGACCAACUGGCUUACGAUACUGAACAUCAUCCUAUGGAAAUCGUCAGAAUGCGUUACAGCUUAGAUAGUCGAUUACAGGAUCGAUCAAAGAAAUGUCCUGUGUCUUGCAAAAAUUUCUUGAUAGACUGCCCAGGGAUUCAUCUUAAUCCUAUAACUAGUAGAUUAACGGAGAGUGAUAGAAAUCGUUUUUCUUCAAGAUCUAGACCUCGAGGAUCUGGUUUAUCAUUUCAUUCAGCACGCCCAGGGACAUUUAAAAAGAACUAUGCAAACCGAGGAGAUCAAAAAGAAGAGAUGAUUUCUUCUCAUCAUACAGAAAGUGCUCGUUCGUCCCCAAGAUCUGUGAAGAAUAAAGAUGAUAAUGAUCAAAUUGACCACAAUUACGCAUCAAGUUUUGAAUCCCCUUCAGAGAUAUCUCGUAGAGACUCAAUAGCUUCAAAAGGAUCUGUAUCAAGUCAAAGUUAUGUGGAGAGUAUCUUUACGGAAAAAAAUAAAGAAAAACGAGAAAAUUCUCCCUCCAAACUAUCAGAGGAAGCUAAAUAUUCAAAGUUUUUAUAUGAUAUAACUCAAGAGAUUGUUCAAAAUGGUUUAUAUAAAGACGAAGAGCUAAAGGAAGUUUUUAAGAGACAUAUUAAACGGAACUCUCAUAUACUAGACAGGAAUAAAAUGAUGUAUGAACUCUAUCAAUUAAAGUUGUCUCUAAACUUGAUCGAUCAUGAUGAUGAUGAUGAAGAAGAAACUAUUGAACGAUUUUUACACUCAAGAAAAUAUUCUGUUGUAAAACCACCGACUCCACCCAAGGUUCUUGAUGAGAAUAAAAUAGUAGAUAAAUUAAUGAAUCCAGAAGACCUAAAAGCUACAUAUAGCAAAUCACCUCAUAGUGGUCGACAUACUGUGGUACUUGUCGACGCUAAUCCAGAGUUACUGGUUACAGAGAGAGAUAUUUUAGCUACUCUUAUGGAGAUGAAUAUCAGUCCUCAGCAAGCUCAUGAUGUCUAUAAGCGUCUACAGAAGAAGAGUAAAGAUUUGCAUCCAUUACAAACGAAAAAGAACGGUCGGCCAGGUCCAGGGGGAGAAGAUAGACAGAGCAAUCCCACCCAUUUCCUCAGGCCACAAACUGAAGUCGAAGAAGAAAUCGAAACGGACAGAUCAACAUCAUCCUAAUUACUUGGAGACUUUGGAAAAGGAUUUCAGUACUGAUUAUCCAGUCUAUUUGGAUCACUUACCAGAGUAUUAUCCAAGAUCAUCAAGGUGUACUUGUCAAGGGAAUAAUCAAAAUUUAUUCUAUAAUGUUUGUCAUUGUCAACGAAGGUGAGAAUUAACUAUAAAUUGUAAAUAGAAUCCUAGUAAACAAAGUUUGAA